AAGAUAACGAAACCUCGACAUGCUGGGACCGGAUAGAUGAGACGGGCCGCCGUUUCUCAUAAUAACAAGAGCUCGGCUUCGUUCCUACAGACAUGUCCAAGGAGAUCGGGGCAGAUCUUGCGGAUGCAGCUGCCAUGGCAACUCAGAACGCCCUCGCAGCCGCCACAAGCAGAGGAGAGAGACACAGCAACGACAGCCGUCGCCCGGGUGAUGAAUCCCAUCCUCCUCCAGCAGCCAACAACGAAGAAGCGUGUGGCGCCACGGAUGCCAGCACAGUCGCCGCCAAGAAUUUGGAUAUUCUCAAAGCCCACUCCCUAGAUGUUAUCUUCGAGGUUGGCGAAGAGUACGACAUAAUAGAGACAAUUGGGACAGGGGCGUAUGGUGUGGUAUCCUCUGCGAGAAGACGUGACAAUGGUGAACCAGUGGCAAUUAAGAAGAUCCCAAAUGCUUUUGAAGUGGUGACCAAUGCUAAGCGCACCCUAAGAGAGCUCAAGAUACUGAAGCAUUUUAAGCAUGACAACAUCAUCGCCAUCAAAGAUAUUCUGCAGCCCACUGUCCCACAAGCCGCCUUCAAGUCUGUUUACGUGGUGUUGGACCUGAUGGAGAGUGACCUGCACCAGAUCAUCCACUCGCGGCAGCCCCUCACGGCGGAGCACACGCGCUACUUCCUCUACCAGCUGCUGCGCGGCCUCAAGUACGUGCACUCGGCCAACGUCAUCCACCGCGACCUCAAGCCCUCCAACCUGCUCGUCAACGAGAACUGCGAGCUGAAGAUCGGCGACUUCGGCAUGGCCCGGGGCCUCAGCACCACCCACUCCGAGGAGUCGCGCUCCUUCAUGACGGAGUACGUGGCCACGCGCUGGUACCGCGCCCCCGAGCUCAUGCUGUCGCUGCACCAUUACAGCCUGGCCAUCGACGUGUGGUCCGUGGGCUGCAUCUUCGCCGAGAUGCUCGGACGGCGCCAGCUGUUCCCCGGCAAGCAUUACGUCCACCAACUCCAGCUGAUCCUGUCGGUGCUAGGCACGCCGCCUGAGACACUGGUGGGCAUGAUCGGCGCAGAGCGGGUGCGCGCGUAUGUGAAGAGCCUGCCGACGCGCUCGCCGGUCCCCCUCGCCAAGCUCUACCCGCAGGCCGAGCCCGCUGCGCUGGACCUGCUCGGCGCCAUGCUGCGGUUCGACCCGCGCGAGCGUUUGGGCGUGUGCCAGGCACUGGAGCACCCGUACCUGUCUAAGUACCACGACACGGACGACGAGCCCGUCUGCGUACCCGCAUUCGACUUUGAGUUCGACCGGCAGCCCAUGGGGCGUGAGCAAAUCAAGGAGGCCAUAAUGGCCGAGAUACAGGACUUCAACCUGCGCAAGCAGGCCAGCAAGCCGCGCAUACAAUUCCGCCCACUGCCGACCAGGCCUGCUAACGCAAAUGCUAGCUCAAGUAGCUCACCGGUUACAAGCGGUGUUGCUAGUGCUACGCUAACAGGCCACACAGCAGGUGUUCGACAGUCGACAGACACACAGGUCAACAGUAACCGUAGCAGUGACGGUGAUGCGCGUAGGACAAUAGCAGACGUGAGUCCGUCUUUUCACAACCACGUACCUCCUUUUUUAAACUCCCUGCCCCCGCCGCUGGCUCCGUCAGAACGGACGUCAUGUCAGGACGUGGACAUGCCCAGCGCCAGCUCAGACAGCGGGCAGGCGGACAACGUCAUCGACUUAACCACCCCCAACUCCUCCAAGGACACCUCGCCGGCCGCCGAGCCCAUGAGAGAGUGCCUUAAGGUGGAAGAGCCGGCCAGCUGUGGACCCUCCCUGGCCCACACACAGGCAAAGAACCACACGGGCCUCCCCCUGAGCCAGUCCCAGCCCCUGUGCCAGGCUACCUCCAGCCUGUCGUCCGGCUUCCCUAGCGCUGCUCCCUCGCUCUCCCUGUCGCAGUCGCAGGCCCAGUCCCUCUCCCAGUCCCUGUCCCGAUCGCUGGUCAAGGGUGCGAGGGGCGGAGGGGGCGCGGCGGGUGAGGGCACGAGGAAAGAGGGGGCGAUAUCGGACGACACCAAGGCAGCCCUGAAGGCGGCGCUCAGGCAGAGGGCCAAGGAUGGCGGUUCCUCCGCCCUGAGCACCGAGGCGGGAGGUGGAGGUGUAGGGGGAGGUGGAGGAGGAGGCAGCAGCCUUGGCGGAGGAGGAGCAGCAGGCUUGUUAUCGUCGUCGUCCUCCUCCUGCACCUCCUCCACGCUGCCGGACAUGAGGAGGCACAUCACGGCGCAGGAGAGGCAGCGCGAGCGUGAGGAGAAGCGGCGCAAGAGGCAGGAGCGUGCACGGGAACGGGAGCGCAAGCAAAAGGAGAAGGAGAAAAAGGAGGGAAAGAGGGGAGAGUGCCUGGGCGGGGUCUUGCUGAGCGACGACGACAAGAGCCUAUUGGAGCGCUGGAAACGCAUGAGCGACAGCCGCACGGACAACAACAGCAAACACCAGCAGCAACAUCCCUCGGACAGCAACGGUACGACACAUAAAAUGUGCGACGGGACGAUAUCUCCUUCGACGGUCAAAAUGGUGAACAAGCAAAACAUGGACGCCGCUGAGCCCCAACCCACCAAACAGCAGAAAGAGUUGCCGAUCUUCAAGCCUGCCACGCAACCGCAGCUCGGCCCAACACCUGCUACAAGUGCUGCUGCCAUGGGUCAAUGCGUAGCCCCUGCCAUCUUCCAGCUGCCACCCACCGCCACCCAGAACUCAGUGCUCCCUUUCGCCCUGGGCAAACCGCAAGACGGGGACAUGGCACUCCUACCCCUUGGAGGUGGUGGGGGGGUCGGAGGAGGAGGAGGUGUGGGUGUGGUAGGGGCAGGGGGUCUUGGAGUGGUGGGUUCCACCUGCCCACUGUUGCCCAAAAACAACAACAACAAUGAACUGAAGGUCCAUCAGCAGCAGCAGCCUUCCAGCCAGUUUGUCGGAGCGUCUGUGUUUAACACGCUCGAUAGCUGGACUGGGGGAACACCAGGGGGCUCCGCGUCCUCUGUCUCUGUAGCUCCUCCUCAGCAACCAUUGCUACAGCAACCACACCAGCAUCAGCAUCAGCAUCCCCAGCCCCAACAGAUCACGCAGCCUCCCUCCCAGGUGUCACCCCUUGGACCACAGAAGAACUUCAUCCAGUCGCUGCCCCACACGCAAACCCAACCCCAGCCCCAGGCCCACCUACAGUCGCUCCCACACACACAGCCUCAACCCCAGCCCCAAGCACACCUACAGUCCCUCCCACACACACAGACCCAGCCACAGACCCAACACCACCUCCAGUCACUGUCCCACACACAGACUCCGCAGCUCCAGCCCCAAGCUCACCAACAACCACGCCCCCACACGCAGUCCCAGCCCCAGGCCCAGCACCACCUCCAAGGGUCCCUGAAUACUUUUAUGAACCACAACCCCCUAACCCACCACAACAGUGGGCCGUGUGGGAUAGGUCUCACCAACGCCAGCAUGUCCUCCCUAACCAGCCUGGAGCCAGUCUCCACCUCGGACAAGCUUUGCCCUGUGUCUCUGCCUGACCAGCCAGACGUGAUGCACUCCCAGAACCCUCCUCCUGCUCCCCAGGGCCCCUCGGCGGAGCUGGCGCGGGCUGUGCUGAGCCUAUCGGACUCCAGACCACACGAGGGCAGUAGUGGCCCACCGGACAUCCACACCGUCACGCUACAACUUUCAAAGUCACAGGUGGAGGAUGUACUGCCUCCGGUCUUCUCCAUGACCCCUAAGGGUAGCGGCGCUGGCUACGGUGUGGGAUUUGACCUUGAUGACCUUCUCACACAGUCCCUCACUGACCUCCAGCACUCUGACCUCAGGGAAAGUCACCACGACUCGGCCCCUCUGUCUGCAUCGUUACUGUCUGAUUGGCUGGAGGUGCACCGCAUGACCCCAGCUGACCUGGAGUCACUACAGCAGGAGCUGCAGCUCGGGUCUCCCAUGAUCCUCUCUGACAAUUCCACACUUCCUGAUUCAUGAUGAACGCUAGAUCCAUAAAGCUGGAAAAAAGAACACUAGAGUGGACACGUGGGGUUCAACUCAAACUAGGACUUCCCAUCCUUUUCUUUGGCUUUGGCUUUGCCUUUUUGCCUCUGUGUCGGCCUGCCUCCGUGGAGAAAAUAAUAAAGUUUUCCCACUGUCAACCGAGGCAUACAGUAUAUCACG